UACAGAUCUCCAGAAUUUAGGCUGAUUUAUCCUUCCACAGCACUGGGUUCUGAUCUUCACAUUGACUUGAAGGGUUAUGAAGCUGGAGGGAUCCAUCUGGAGUGUCGGUCCACUGGCUGGUACCCCCAGCCCGAAAUACAGUGGAGCGACGCCAAGGGAGAGAACAUCCCAGCUGUGGAAGUGGAAGCACCCGUGGUUGCGGACGGAGCGGGUCUAUAUGCAGUAGCAGGAUCUGUGACCAUGAGAGGCAGCUCUGCGGAGCAGGUGUCCUGCAUCAUCAGAAAUUCCCUCCUCGGCCUGGAAAAGACAGCCAGUAUUUCCAUCGCGGACCCGUUCUUCUGGAGCGCCCAGCCCUGGAUCGCAGCCCUGGCAGGGACCCUCCCUAUCUCGCUGCUGCUUCUCGCAGGAGCCAGUUUCUUCUUGUGGCGACAGCAGAAGGAAAUAAUUGCGCUGUCCAGGGAGACAGAAAGAGAACGAGAGAUGAAAGAACUGGGAUAUGCCGGAACAAAGCAGCAAAUAAGCAUUAGAGAGACGCUCCUGGAGGAACUCAAGUGGAGAAAAAUCCAGUACCUGGCUCGGGGAGAGAAGUCUUUAGCCUAUCAUGGUAAGUGAGCCUGAUGCUCUGUAAGUUUGCUGGGUCACGUGCCAUAAACAUUUCCACCUUUUCUCUGCUGUGGCCCAUUGACGAUCUCAGUUCUAUUAAUCAUAUCUAAUCCAAAGAUUCAAUUUUGCAUGGUGGGGGGUCAGCUUCUGCUCUUCUAGAGAUCUAAGAGACUCCUAACCCUGAACACACCCAGGUGAAGCCUGGCCUUGCGGUCUGUUCCCCUCGUGACGGAGUAACAGAGCCUG